AUGCGCUGGUUGGUGGCUUUACUGGCCCUGAUGGGCUACGUGUUAGGAAGCACUAUUUAUCAAACACCUGUACGAAAAUUCGAAAGCCUACGAAAGCGGAUGAUCAGAGAAGGAACAUGGGGCGAGUACUUGAAGAAGAUGAAUGCCAUGCGGUCUAAAUCGUUAGCCAAUGGAGAAAUUCAUUCACAGCAGGUUCACGAUUAUGCAGACAAUGAGUACCUUGGCGACAUCACGAUCGGGACACCUGGACAACCUUUUCUGAUGCUUGGCGUGCAGCCAGUCGACAGAGAUGAGCUAGGUGACACAUCUCACAUUAAAGGAAAUACGGUUACGAGAAGACGUUUCGCUGAGGGGUGGGACUGCUGUGCUCUUGGCCAGCAAAACGCGUUGGUCCUGAGCUACCAA